AACUAGUAUAUUCUUUCCUAUCUUACAUAUCUCAUAUCUUCUAUUAUCUCAUAUUCUAGAAUGAUCUUAAUCAAACCAACCCUCCGCCCCCCUCUCGCUCUGUAUACAGUCACUUAAGACUUGACUAUAACCUAUAAGGAUGUAAAUUAUACGAGUCAAGUUUAACUUUAACAUUUCUAGUCGAGCUUAAGUUAGAAUUCACUCCCUCGACUCUCGCGAGUUCCCCCAACUCUAAUUCACUCUCCCCUGUUCCUACAAAACCAGCAUCAUCAACAAUGUCGUCAACAGUUAUAGUCCUCGACAAUGGCGGAUCCACCAUAAAAAUCGGCGUAGGCGGUGACCGCAACCCAACACUGAUAACCCCAAAUUCCACCGCAAAAUCACCUCAUUCUCUCUCCAAAAAACUCUUAACCUCCGAUCAAAUCCUCUCUUCUGACCCAACUUCUCUCUCUCUCCGUCGCCCUAUCGACCGUGGCUACCUCCUUAACCUCGACCUUCAACGCGACAUCUGGGCUCACCUCUUCCGCACACUCCCACUUCCUUCACCUCACUCUUCUUCUCUUCUUCUAACUCACCCUCUCUUUUCUCUCUCUCUCUCUCCUCUUUUUGAACUUGUUUUUGAAGAUUUCAAUUUUAGGUCACUUUAUGUUUCUGAUUCUCCUUCUUUAGUUCAUCUUUAUGAAGCUAGUAGAAACCCUAACGGUGUCGUUUCCAGAACUCAGUGUAGUCUUGUGGUUGAUUGUGGGUUUUCUUUUACUCAUUGUGCUCCUGUUUUUCAGAAUUUUACGCUUAAUUAUGGGGUUAAGAGGAUUGAUUUGGGUGGGAAAGUUUUGACUAAUUAUUUGAAGGAGUUGGUUUCGUACAGGACUGUUAAUGUUAUGGAUGAGACUUUGAUUAUGGAUGAUGUUAAGGAAAAGCUUUGUUUUGUUUCUACUGAUCUUCGCCGUGAUUUGCAGAUUGCUAGGAAGUCGGGCAAGGAUAACCUUUUCAAAUGCACAUAUGUGCUUCCUGAUGGUGUCACUCACACAAAAGGGUUCGUAAAAGACGUGAAAGAAGCACAGAGGUAUCAAACUCUAUAUGAUGGAGAACCAAACUCUAUAACCAGUGAGGAGAAGGCUGUAGAUCAUGAUUCAGAAGAUGAAGAGGAUUCAGAGGACAGAAGAAAAGUUGAUUUAACUCAGAAUGAGUUUAACUUGACCAAUGAGCGGUUCCUUGUGCCAGAGAUGAUCUUUCGCCCUGCUGACUUAGGAAUGAACCAAGCUGGAUUAGCAGAGUGCAUUGUCCGUUCUGUUAACUCUUGCCAUCCUCUUCUUCACCCUGUGUUAUAUGAAAGCAUCAUCUUGACUGGUGGAAGCACAUUAUUCCCUCAUUUUGCCGAGAGAUUGGAAAUGGAGCUUCGACCAUUGGUCCCUGAUGAUUACCAAGUGAAGAUAACCACUCAAGAAGAUCCCAUCUUAGGUGUUUGGCGAGGUGGUUCACUUCUGGCAUCAAGUCCUGAUUUUGAGACAAUGUGUGCCACUAAAGCCGAAUAUGAGGAGCAAGGAUCUGCACGUUGUAGCAGAAGAUUCUUCCAAUCAACUUAGGUUCUGGAAGCUAAAUUGAUAUAUGGUUCAAUUUCUCCCUAAGAGAUGUCGAAGUUAUUGUGCCAGUGGUUCAUCUGCAAUUAAGAAUUGCUAGGAGCUUCUGAACAGAAAAUAUACUACCAGAUGACCUGCUCCUUCCUUACCCUCCAUCUGUUACACAAUUACACCCAGGGUAUGAUCGUUGCUAUUCAAUUGGGCAUGUUGAUAUAGAGCAACGAGAAAGACCAACUUUCAUGAUUGGAGUGUUUUGUCGGGAAAGAAAGCGGGAGCUCGCCCUUUUUAUAAUUGCAUUGGGACCUUAAUACAUGUAAUCUCAGAGGAGCGACGUGCAAGAAAAAGGCUCAAUUGAAUGAAGAAUCCCGAUUAUUUCGAUUGGCCUAUACUACCUCCAUGAUGUCCUUCCUGCUGUUUGAGGUGAAGAGCGUCUUUAUUAUAGGUAGUUUUUUAUUUUUUGAUUUGGAUAGAGAAAUGUAUGCAUCCUAGCAUUAGACUUAGCCUAAGUCAUCUUUCUUGUUGAUAGUAGAGAAAUGCAAGAACCGAACCAAAUAAGGAGAGAAGGGCAUUUAUGCAUAGUUGGACCUUUUAGACCUUAGCCUUUCAAAUAUGUACAUUACAAUUAUAAUCUAAAGAUUGCAACUGAA